AUGCGUCUCCUCUCAGCCCAGGCGCUUCUGGCUAUCCUCCCGCUCGUCAGCGCCCACGGCCGCAUAACAAACAUCACCACCGCCACCGGCCUGACAUACGCCGGCUUCGACCCCGCAACCGCGUUGACAAACACCACGCAACCCCCCCUAGCAGCCUGGAGCGCCGCAAACCUCGGCAACAUCUUCGUCCCGCCCUCCUCCUUCAACACGUCCGCCGUCUCCUGCCACUUCUCCAGCGCACCAGGCGCACUUCACAUCAACGUAACAGCCGGCUCAACGCUAACCCUGCAAUGGAACGAAUGGCCCGUCUCGCACGUCGGACCCGUGCUGACGUACCUCGCACCGUGUAAUGGGAGUUGUGCCACCGCAGACGCGGGGUCGCUGCGGUGGAGCAAGAUCGAUGAGAUGGGGUGGGUGAAUAGCACGGGGUGGGCGGAGAUGGGGCUCGGCGGGACGUGGGCGACGGAUGUGCUGAUUUCGAAUGGAUUUUCAUGGGAGGUGAGGGUCCCGCAGAUGUUGGCGCAGGGGGAGUAUGUGCUUCGGCAUGAGAUUUUGGCGCUGCAUGUUGCGGCGCAGAGGGAUGGGGCGCAGGCGUAUCCGCAGUGUGUUAAUUUGAGGGUUGGGGGUGCGGGGAGUGGGAGGUUAGGUGCGGGGAUAUUAGGGUCGCAUUUGUAUGGGAUGGAGGAUAAGGGGAUUUUGGUGGAUGUUAGUGGGAAAAUUGGAGGUUAUCAGAUACCUGGGCCGAAGUUGGAUGGGCUUGCGGGGCCGGUGCGGCAGCGGAGUCAGAAAAGGAGGACCGCGAUGAGAGUGAAGCAGAGGCAGCUGAAGAGAGUUUGA